UUCUGUUGAGACAUGAAAAAUAAUAAUAUUAAAAUGCAAAGAUACGCUUUACACGAGAUAACGUGGUUUGACAGAGGCGAUUCAAAACGUCCUUUGUCUGGUAAGAUUUUUUGGUUCCAGUAAAAAAAUUGACAUUUGUUUAGGUGUUUUAAACGUUGAAUAAUAACCAUAUAUUAUUAAAUGAUCACGUUAGCACUACUUACAAGUACACAUUUCAUCAAAACCAGCCGCCUAAAGCUUUGUUUUGCCACGCAGGCAAUCGUGUGUGCAUGUUGGUUUAACUCUACAGCACAAGGACACUGAGAGCAGACGUUCCGGAUUUACACCAGGUACAGCCGGAUGCAUUACGUACAAAGUACUUAUCACGUUUAUUUAAUAUUAACGAUAUGAAAAAAAGCACGAUGAGGAUACAGACAUAUUUUAGAAGCAGUGGAAGAGCACUCGCAUUUAUUUUCAUAGCGUCUGUCAUUUGGUUGCUUUUUGACAUGGCAGCACUCAGGAUUUCAUUCAGUGAUGUAAACAGCAGACUUACAAAAUAUGAGAUCAUACGAAAGGAAAGGGGGAAAUACAAACCAAGAGAAGUCAUGAGCAGUGCCUCUAUCCCGAACAAAAAAGAUCAGUUCCCACUGAAACAAAAUGAAAGAAACGGUGAAUCCAAAAUGCAAAACGAUGUCAAUAAGGAUACAUUUUCUGAAACAAACAGAAAUCCGAGUAGAAAACAGAAACCAUCGGUAAAGCCUGACAAACCUGUUUGGCAACCUGGACUUAAUACAUCGCUGGAAGAAAAACAUAAAGAAAAACGUAAAAGCAAUGACGUAAAAGCGUUCAGUACAGCCAUUCCAAAAAAGACGAACAUGUCUCCUAAUGCAGAGGAGCACAACAAAGAAAGAAAGGUCAAAUUAAAACAGAAAGCACCCAAUAGGGAAAAUACUAUUGUAAUAAUAAAUAGGGAUAACAAUGCUGUUGGCAAAGUCGCAGUGCCAGUAGACCUUGUAAAAGAUUUUACAAAAGUUCACCCUGUUGGGCAGAAACAAGAAUUGCAUUUAAACCGACCUGACAAAAAACGUGUUCUUGUGGCCAGCGAUGCUCAGUCGAAUAAAGCAGAUGAAAAACGUGCCUUGGAAAAAGUUGAAAUAUCUCCAAAAACCAACACAGAUGAUAGUGUUCGGUUUGGACACGACCACGGGGGCAAUGAUGUCAUUCCUCCAAAAGAACAGGUUCCCCAAGAUAACAAAGAAAUUUAUCCCAAAACCGAAAACAACAUUUCAAAGGCAGUGGAAAAUGUAAAUAACAAGAGUGGGAAGCACUUUAAAUCCACUUUUCUAAACGCAAUGACGAAAGCGGAGACUCUGAAUGUACAUUUUACACUCCCAGUACAGCAUCAUGUUGGAACGCACAAAGUGUUACACGUGGAUGCAACACAAAGUCCCAGAAAUCCGAAUGCCCCGGGCCAGUUUGGUGAGCCCGGUGUUGUUCCAAAGGACAAAGAAAUGGUGGCGAAAAAUAAAUGGAAAGAAGGAUAUUUUAAUGUGUAUCUCAGCGACAUGAUCCCAUUAGACAGAGCUGUUCCUGACACUAGGCCUUCUGGGUGUGCAGAGAGCAGAGUACACAAUGACCUCCCCACCACCAGUGUGAUCAUGUGUUUCGUGGAUGAGGUGUGGUCCACCCUUCUAAGAUCUGUUCACAGUGUUCUAAAUCGUUCUCCACCUCACCUCAUCAAAGAGGUCAUCCUAGUUGAUGACUUCAGUACUAAAGAAUACCUGAAAGAUCAUUUAGACAAGUAUAUGUCCCAGUAUCCAAAGGUCCACAUCCUUCACCUAAAGGAGAGACAAGGUUUAAUCCGAGCUAGGCUUGAAGGAGCAGCCAUCGCUACAGGUGAAGUUUUGACAUUUCUGGACUCACACAUUGAAUGUAAUGUGGGCUGGUUAGAGCCACUUCUGGAAAGGGUGCACAUGGACAGAAAAAAGGUUGCAUGUCCAGUAAUUGAAGUUAUAAAUGACAAGGAUAUGAGUUACAUGAUAGUUGACAACUUUCAAAGAGGCAUAUUCAAAUGGCCCUUGGUGUUCGGAUGGAUGGGGGUCCCUGAUGAAGAAAUUAAGAGAAACAACAUAAAGGAUUCAGACCCAAUAAGGUGUCCUGUUAUGGCUGGAGGUCUGUUUUCUAUAGAUAAGAAAUAUUUCUAUGAACUCGGCACGUAUGACCCUGGACUUGAUGUGUGGGGUGGAGAAAACAUGGAGAUUUCUUUUAAGAUUUGGAUGUGCGGAGGAGAAAUCGAGAUAAUUCCAUGCUCCAGAGUGGGCCAUAUUUUUAGGGGUGACAAUCCCUAUAAAUUUCCUAAAGAUCGAGUCAGAACAGUUGAGAGAAAUUUGGCCCGCGUAGUUGAGGUGUGGCUGGAUGAUUACAAAGAACUGUUUUAUGGGCAUGGCUACCACCAUCUUCUCGAUAAGAAACGUAUGGAUAUUGGAGACCUGACUCAACAGAAAGAACUCCGGAAACAUCUCAAGUGUAAAGACUUUAAAUGGUACCUGGACAAUGUCUACCCUGACUUGGAUGCACCGUUAGUGAGAUCAGAUGAUUUGCUUUUCAAUCUCGGAGUUAGAAAAUGUCUUUCAAUUGAGAAUAGCACCCUGUCGUUCCAAGUCUGUGAUCUCAACGAAAAGAACCAGCACUUCAACCACACCUGGUUGAGACUGAUCCACCAGCAGAACUUGUGUUUGACUGCAAUAGAUAAAGGCACAGUGAGCCUAGAGCAGUGUGACAAUGCAAAACAUCACCUAAGGUGGUUGCACAAAUCACUUAUAUUGGACCCACCGUUUAUGGACCACCUCAUUUUAGAGCAUCUGCAGCAGCCCUUCUGUCUUGAAGGCAGCCCCUCAGGCAAUACCAUUAAGAUGGCAACGUGUAAUUCAAGCAGUCCAUUUCAGAAGUGGAAAUUCACAAACUACUAUGCUCAAUAAACAGAACCAUACGAACCCCGGAGACUGGAAAAACACACACAAACACACUAGUGCCUUUUAAAAUCUUCAUGGUUUACAAUUUUAUUUUUUGUUUAAAAACAACUUCUUUUUGUCAAGUCACCUGCUGUGAAUUGCUGUAUGUGAUUUUUUUCUUUUUUUUUUUUUUUUUUUUUUUAAAUGAGAUCCAUAUUUUUUUGUUUCAUAUUUGGAGCAGUCAUACAGUAUAGCAUGGUCUGGCCAGU